UCCUCACGGUAACAACGACAACAACAACAGUCGUUAGACUGUUAUCAUUGUCUAGUUGGGUUGCCGCAGUGCGGUGUGUGUUGUUGCUGUUGUUGUUGCGAUAAUGAACGCUGCCGUCAGGGUUGCUUCGGGCCAGCUGGAAGGUCAAGGAGCGAGCAGCAGCAGCAGCGAGCAAAGCGAAAGUAUCAGGCAAGAGGCGAUGGCGUGGGAGGAGGAGGUGCGGCGGAGGGGGGCGGCUCGCCCGAAGCCGCCGGCGCUGCAGCUGGAGUACGGCACGGCGGGGUUCCGCACGCUGGCCGAGCGGCUGCCCCACGUCGUCUUCCGCAUGGGCCUGCUCGCCGCGCUGCGCGCCAAGGCCGUGCGCGCCGCCGUCGCCGUCAUGGUCACCGCGUCGCACAACCCCGAGGAGGAUAACGGCGUGAAGUUGGUGGAGCCUCUCGGGGAGAUGCUGGUGGCCUCGUGGGAGGAGCACGCCACGCGCCUCGCCAACGCGGACGACGGGGCCCUGGCGAGCGAGCUGCGCGCCAUCGCGGAGGCGGAGAGCGUGGACAUGCAGGCGCCCAGCCACGUGCUGCUGGGCAGAGACACGAGGCCGAGCAGCGAGGCUUUGUCUCGGGCCGUGAUGGACGGAGUGGAGGCACUUGGGGCGACUUACCAGGACUUGGGGCUGGUGACCACCCCGCAGCUGCACUACGUCGUGCGGUGCCACAACACGCAGGGGCGCUACGGGGAGCCCUCGCUGGCGGGCUACGCUCACAAGCUCACGCAGGCCUUCCUGGCGCUCCUCCAGCAGGCUCCGCCUCCGGCCCAGGGCCUCCCCCGCCGUCUCACCGUGGACGCGGCCAACGGCAUCGGCGCCCCGCGGCUCUCGGAGCUGCUGGGCCCCCUGCGGGAGCAGCUGAGCGUUGCCGUGAGCAACGACGGCACGGCCGGCAAGCUGAACGAGGGCUGCGGCGCGGACUACGUCAAGGUGCAGCAGAAGCCUCCGCAGGGAGUGGAGCUGGCGCCCAACGCCCACUGCUGCUCGUUCGACGGCGACGGCGACCGCGUCGUCUUCUUCUACGCGGACGACGCCGGCCGCUUCCACCUCCUCGACGGGGACAAGAUCGCGACGCUCGUCGCACACUUCCUGCAGGAUCUGCUCAAGCAGGCGGCGCUGCAGCUGCAGGUGUCCGUGGUGCAGACGGCCUACGCCAACGGCAGCUCCACGCACUUCCUCACCGGCACGCUCGGGGUGCCCGUGCACUGCGUGAAGACGGGAGUCAAGCACCUGCACCACCAGGCCCAGAAGGCCGACGUCGGCGUCUACUUCGAAGCCAACGGCCACGGCACCGUCCUGUUCAGCGACGCGGCCGAGAAGCAGAUCCGGGACGCGAUGGAGGACGCCAACUCUGGGGUGGAGCGACGCAGAGCGGCCGAGCAGCUCCACCACACCGUGAACCUCAUCAACCAGACGGUGGGAGAUGCCAUCUCGGACAUGCUGCUCAUUGAAGCCAUCCUGGCGCUGCGGGGCCUCUCCAUGCCGCAGUGGGACUCCAUGUACACGGACCUGCCCAACCGGCAGCUCAAAGUCAAGGUGUCGGACCGCCGCGUGAUCGAGACGGAGGACGCGGAGCGCCGGGCCGUGCGGCCGCCCGGCCUGCAGCAGGAGGUGGAGGCCCGCGUGCGGCGCUACGCACGCGGCCGCUCGUUCGUGCGCGCGUCCGGCACCGAGGACCUGGUGCGCGUCUACGCCGAGGCCGACACGCAGGAGAACGCCGACCGACUGGCCCACGAGGUGGCGCUGCUCGUGCACCGCAUGGCUGGCGGCACCGGGGAGGAACCGAAACCUCCUCUCCCCUGAGCUCGCCGCGCCGUGCCCAGCCCGCCGAGCGGCAAUCCCCUCGGUGCCGUCGGUGGGUGUGGCUCAGAGGUCGCAAACGGGUUUUGAUUCCUUACCCGUACCCGGCCGCACCAGGGUCGCAAACAGGUACCAGUACCCGGCCGGGUACGGGUAGCCGGGUAUCGGGUAGGGUACAGGUAUCGGGUACCCGGUUGCGACCUCUGGUUUGUCUCCUUCCGUCGGACGCUCCUUUGGUACGGGUGAACGUAGACGCAGGGCGGCAGCUACGGACGCACUUGUGGUUUAUUAGCACAGGCCCGAGGCACGAGCGAUGAUCCGCUCACAGCCGUUCGUUGCACCUUUGUAUUAAACAAACACUAAUUCUGUGAAUUCGCAAUUGAUGUUUGGGUGAGGUUGCAUAAUGAUCUGACUAAAUUGGUGUCGUUAAGGACUCCUCCACCAGCUGACACGGCCAAACGGAUUUAAUCGGCACUUGUACGAGCUUUUAACGGCGCACCGAUAAUUGUCCGAGCUCGCUCACCGGUAAGGGCUGAGUAAUUCUCACAGCCAAUUUGAUCAGCAGUUGGAUAAUGCGAUGUCUCGCUUGAAGCGGCGUCAAACACCGUCGGGACAAGAUGCACGGAGGUCGUAGUAACAAUCUGAUUUUUCCUCACCGAAAACAAACUGACUGCAGAAAACCCUACGCCUCAAGUUUUCUGCAAAUUUCCAUCGGUUUGAUUUUUGGUAGUAAGAAUAAAUACUAAUUAAUGAAUGGGGCAUGACCUCCCCCCCUCCACGCCACCCCUGGUUUAUCCAAAAUGUGCAAUCUGUCUGACCCAGACGUAGCCACCAGGCCGCCGGUGUUCUUCAUUGCAAGGCCCCGCGCACCACUGGCGGCCCCUGACGUGCGCCCCCCUCUAGUGAAGAACGUUGCAAUAGACGGCUGCGGUGUUAACGCCAGCGGUGUAGAGGCCAUCGUUCCGAGUUGUGUGCGGCCCACCAUACCCCACGCUCCUCGCCCACGUGAGCAAUCCCCGUGAACGCGGCAUCAUCAUCAGCAGCCAUGAUCUGUUCACUGCUGGAAGGUCUCGCCGAGUGAUGUAACCGGAGGCCCAGUGGCUGGGCAACAAGAAGCCCCGUGCAUACCGGUUCUUAGGGCAGCCGGGCGGCUCUUAAACGGCGGUGAAAGUCUGUGGGUCUCCAACGUCGCUACCGCUCGGGUACGGGGCGGGGGGGGGGAUUCUCGCUUCUGGUGUCCCGUGCAAUAGGCGGGAUGGUGUCAGGUGACUCAAAUCGUUAUUUGUCCGAUGCGAUUUCCUGGGGGUCUCGGUGCUGAAUUUCUAAACUCUUUUUUUGUUAUUUCCGAAGUCGUCCCUGCGAAUGGGGGUGGGGGACGGGGGGGGAGAUGGCCGAGCCAAUAUCCGUGAAGAUGUUUAGUUUGUCUUGUCCCCCCCCGCACCUCCGAUUAGCACGGUUGGCUACGUACGGGUGCCAUAGAAGUUCAACGUUCGUUCGUACGUUACGUCACGUGACGUCCAGAUGGUUUGAAAGGUCUUUAAAAGAUAACGCCUCCCUCGGGGUUGCAGCUAUCAUCGGGGCCAUCCCGAGGGGGCACGCGCAAAUUGGGGGCGACUGCCCCGGGCCCUGCGCUUUGGGGAACCCCUACGCAAAUGUCAUUGUUCCCCGGGCCUUGCACCCGUCCGCCCCCUCCAUGGACGACCCUGGAUAUCGUUGGUGUUGGUUUCUCUGGCUGGCGAUGGGCGCUUGUAAUAAAUUCCGUUUUGUACACAGA